AUGGAGGUUUUUAGUCUGAAGAAAAUGCUUUUGUGGUUGAUUACUGUGGUGAACAUAUUAGGGAGCACUGCAGAAUGCAGAGAGCCAGUUCUCCAUAGAGUUGGGGGAGGAAAAUACACAUGGGCACCGAAUAUGAACUUCACUGCUUGGGCUAUGCAUGAAGAAUUCUACGUAGGAGACUGGCUUUACUUUGGAUUCGACAAAACCCGCUACAGUGUUCUGGAGGUGAACAAGAUUAACUACAACAACUGCAAUGACAAAAACUGCAUAGCAAACAUUACAAGAGGUGGCCGGGAUGUGUUCAAUCUCACAGAGGCAAGACCAUAUUACUUUCUUAGUGGUCGUGGGUACUGCUUUAAAGGGAUGAAAGUUGCAGUCCAUGCUCAAUAUCCUCCACCUGAUCCUGCGCCAUUAGUCGUCAGAAAUGUUUGUCCGUCGAAGAGUGCUAGCCAUGGCCUCGCCAUGCUUCUUGCUCUGUUCACCUCCUAUGCUGUGAUGGGCUAG